UUACGAAGAACAAUCAAAUCAAUUUCAAGAAUAAAUAAAUAAAUUAUAGAGAAAUGACAAGCAUGACUCUAAUACCUACUCUUACAAAGAUCCAAAAUGCACGAGCUAUCAUAGGACAUAGCCCUUUGAGGACUAGGGUAUUUGUUGGUGCAACACCCAAACCUUUCCAGGUAAGUAAACGACAUCUAGGGAUGGCAUUUAAAGAUGAGGCUCGUAACGCAGCUGAAAAAGGUGUUGAUGCAGCGAAACAAGGCGCUGAAACAGCCAAAAAAGCCGGCCAAGAAGCCAAAAACGAGACUGCCUCUGCUGCUGAUGAGGUGAUGCGGAAAACAAAGGUAAUGGGAGAUAAGGUGGCGGAUGCAGCACAAGACAUGGCUGGAAAAGCAAAAGAAACAGCCCAAGAAGCAUGGGGUUCAGUUAAGGACACUACCCAAAAGAUGAAAGACACUGUAAUUGGCAAGGCUGAAGAAUCCAAAGAGGCUAUCAAAAAUAAUGUCAACCACAACAUGAACAACAAGAAUUAAAGAUUUUAUAUUUUGAUAUAGAGACAUUAUCUCUCAUUCAUAUUGACUAGCUAUUUUCUUUUUGAUGUUUAGAGGCUUAAUUUUCUUUUGUUGAAACCGCAGACACAAGUUUGCUGAGUUUCUAUAGUUGGAUAUAUAAAUAUGUCAACCUUCUGUUAUUAUGACGUUGUCUAUAGUCUAUAUGUAGAUUGAUUAGAAUUUUGCU